CCCCGGGCGCACAACAUCCGGUAGCAUCCCAGCUGCUGCACGUGGAGCUCCCGCUUGGUCCGGGGAGCAGAACCAUGAACGGCGGCAAGAAGCAGAAAGCCAGGCGCUACUGGGAGGGAGACGCCCCCGACCCCCCGAAAUCAUCGAAGAAACGUCAACCGCCCCCCGAUGAGGCCGCCGCCGCCGCCACGAAGGCCUCCGGGAUUGCCGGUCCGCCCGGGGACCGGACGAUUCGAAAACGGACCCGGAAGGGGGACGUAGCGGCCGCCGCGAAGGCCGCCGGGACCCCCGCCCCUCCCUCGGGCGGGAAGAGCGGCUCCGGGGCGUCCCUUAAUCCCCGGAGACCCGCGGGUGACCGGGGGCCCUCGAAGUCAGUCUGGACGUCCAGCCGGUACCGGGAGGAGAAACAGCUGCGGACCUGGGCCCGGCAACGACUGUCCGGGGCCACGGACCCGUUCCCCGGACCCGCGCCGCUGUCGGCCGACAAACUGAAGAAGUUUCGGCGCGGAGGCGAGAAGCCGGCGCCCCCGGCCCGCCACCUGACCCGGGCGCGGCUGAGCCGGGCCGAAGACGGAGCCGAGGAGUCGAGCGCCUGGGCCGCCCGCGCCGAGCUGCUGCUGCCCGAGGAGCCGGGGUUCCUGGAGGGCUCGGACGGGGAGGACACGGCCACCGUCCGGCAGAGGGACAUCGCCGACGCCGUCGACAUCGCCAGCGCCGCCAAGUACUUCAGCCUGAAACUGGACCAGUUCGGGCCCUACCGCCUGGACUACUCCUCCACCGGCCGGCACCUGACCCUGGGCGGCCGCCGGGGCCACCUGGCCGCCUUGGACUGGCCGACCAAGUCGCUGUCGUGCGAGAUCAACGUCAUGGAGGCCGUGAGGGACGUGCGGUUCCUGCACCUGGAGACGAUGGUGGCGGUGGCCCAGCGGCGCUGGCUCCACAUCUACGACAACCAGGGCAUCGAGCUGCACUGCGUGCGGCGCUGCGACCGCGUCGCCCGCCUCGAGUUCCUGCCCUUCCACUUCCUGCUGGCCACGGCCUCGGAGACCGGCUUCCUCACCUACCUGGACGUCUCCCUGGGCAAGAUCGUGGCGUCGCACCUGCCCCGGGCCGGGCGGCUGGACGUCAUGGCCCAGAACCCGCACAACGCCGUCGUCCACCUCGGCCACGGCAACGGCACGGUGACCCUGUGGAGCCCGGCCAUGAAGGAGCCGCUGGUCAAGGUCCUGUGCCACAAGGGGGGGGUCCGCGCCGUGGCCGUCGACCCAACGGGCACGUACAUGGCCACCUCGGGCCUGGACCGGCAGCUGAAGAUCUUCGACCUGCGCGGGGCCGGGGCCUACCGGCCGCUGACGACGCGGCCGCUGGCCCUGGGCGCCGCCCACCUGGCCUACUCCCAGCGGGGGCUGCUGGCCGCCGCCGCCGGCGACGUGGUGGACGUCUACCGGCCCCGGGACGCCGACGCCGGCCUGGCCCGGCCCUACCUCUCCCACCGCCUCCACGGACACGUCCACGGCCUCCGCUUCUGCCCCUUCGAGGACGUGCUGGGCGUGGGGCACGCCCAGGGCUUCACCAGCAUGCUCGUGCCCGGAGCCGGCGAGCCCAACUUCGACGGCCUGGCCAACAACCCCUACCGCAGUAAGAAGCAGAGGCAGGAGUGGGAGGUCAAGGCCCUGCUGGAAAAGAUCCCCGCCGAGCUGAUCGGGCUGGACCCCCACGCCCUCGGCCGGGUGGACGUGGAGACCAUGGAGCAGUUGAAGAAAGACAGGAUCGAGCGGCUGGGCUUCGACCCCGACGCCCCGGCCCCCUUCCAGCCGCGGGCGAAGAAGAAGGGCCGCAGCUCCACCGCCAACCUCCUCAAGAGGAAGAGGAAGGUCGCCGACGAGGACAAGAGGGAAUUCGUUCGCCAGCGUCUCCGGGAAAAGGAACGGGACCAGGCAGAACCGAAAAAGAAGGGGAAACCGAGGCCCCCGGGCUCCCGGCCCUCGGCCCUGGACAGAUUCGACCGGUGACCCCCGGCCCCUCCCGCCCCACUGGACCGUUCCCCCGGACUCGGUCGACCAUCCCAAUUACAACGUCGUUGGCAA